CUGCCGGGGAAGGCGCCUCCGCCGGGGUCCUGCGCGGCGAAGCCGCCGUUGGCGAGGAGACCCGUCCCGACGGGUAUGGCGGAGCAAAGCAGCCCCACAGCAGCGGGAGCGGCGGCGGCGCGGACGCGAUGGAAGGGGCUGGAGGAGACACCCCCGGCCGACGGAGCCCUGGGCGGGGCGGACAGGGAAUGCUUCCGGCCAGCUCAGCAGCCGCCUUCCGCUCCGCCGCCACCAGUGCCGGGAGCUGCGGAGAGGCCGCGCCGCAGCCCGCGAACAGUGGGGCCCCGCCCGGGAUCGUGGAGACUGCUGCCAAGAGGAGCGAGAAGAGGCCGGAGAGGCACCGCCGACAUGCUGAGCGUGUUCCGCUCCAUCCCCACGCAGAUGGACUACAAGGGCCAAAAAUUAGCAGAACAGAUUUUUCAAGGAAUCAUUCUUGUCUCUGCAGUAAUUGGUUUCAUCUAUGGAUACAUCACUGAACAGUUCGGAUGGACUGUCUACAUAGUUAUGGCUGGAUUUGCUUUAUCAUGUUUGCUGACCCUCCCUCCGUGGCCCAUGUACCGCCGCAACCCUCUCAAGUGGCUGCCUGUCCAGGAGUCGGGCACGGAAGAGAAAAAAGCAGCAGACAGGAAGCCAAAGAGACAUGCCAAAAGCUAAAAAUUGUGGGUUCCAGGCUGUUACUUUGUUAAAUUUUGUUAAAUUAAUUUCCACUGAAAUACUUCUUGGGUUAGUAUCUGGGGUUUUGCUUAGUGCUUUGUAUACUACCACGAGUACAACCAAGCUCUGCAGGGAGCAUAAAGGCUGGAAAUUUGGUCUGGAACUUCAGGGGAGUCACUGGGAUCACAGAGAUGGGGGGAUUAACUUCAGAAGGCUGCUGGAGGUCCCAACUCGAGUACUUCACUAAAAAGGAAAACAGUGAAUCAAUUGAAUUCUAGUUAAGCUGUUGCCAUAGCCUAAAAGAUAAUAAACAGCUGGUCUUCUACUGAAAUCUUUCUAACUGUGUGUAAAACAAGCUGGCAGUAGUGCCAGGUUGUACAAAAUACUGUGAAAUGGUACAUACCCCACAGUUCUGAAAAUAACUGUUCUUGGAGAGGAGAUUGCAAAGUGUGAAUUUUUGUUUAAAACAAAUUUCCCUGGGAAGAGCAAGUAAGAAUAGCUCUUGAAACAUUGUAACUUGAGCAGGUAGUGUGUAAGGGGCAAGCAGGAUCCAUAGGUAUGGCAUUUUAUUUUACUACUGUCAUGUCAGUAACCUCCCUCACAGCUGCUGGAGGUUACAGUUUUUCAGGUACAAGGAGGAAAAGAGAUAAGUUGUUCAUUUAUAAUUUUAUUUUACAAAUUCAAUUCCCUUUUGACUUCUUUAUUGUUUAAAAAACGUGCUUUUCCUGUAGGGAUGGUACACAACAAUGCCUGGGGGCUGUAGCAAGACACUCUGGAUGCAAACAAAGAGAAAUAAAAGUUUUAUCUUUUCCCUAA